AUGCCAGAAGCCCUGGAAUUCAGUUUCGAUGGGUCCGCUUACUCACAAAGCACCUCAUCCAACAUCGAUGAUUGCGACUACCCCGAAGGAGGACUCAAGGCAUGGUCUGUGGUUCUUGGAGCCUGGUGUGCUAUGGUUCCAUCCAUGGGACUUUUGAAUAGCUUGGGAGCCCUACAAGCAUGGACAAGCACGCAUCAGCUCAAGGAUUAUUCGGAAUCGAGUAUUGGAUGGAUUUAUGGAGCCUACACGUUCUUCUUAUUUUUAGGAGGUGCGCAAUUUGGGCAUAUUCUUGAUUCUCAUGGACCGUUAUACGUCAUUGUUCCAGGGUCAGUUGGCAUGGUUCUUUCUCUGAUCUUCCUCAGCCUAAGCGAAGAGUAUUAUCAGAUUUUCCUCUCCUUCAGCAUUCUAGGCGGAAUAUCGGCGAGCACACUUUUCACACCCUCGGUGGCUGCCGUGGGUCAUUGGUUCAAUAAACGACGUGGAUGGGCGACAGGCAUUGCUUGUACUGCUGGAGGCGUUGGAGGCUGCAUCUUUCCCCUUAUAAUCCUUUUCGCGGCUCCAAAAAUUGGGUUCGCUUGGUCUAUACGAAUCAUCGCUCUCAUAUGCGCAGUAUUGUGCUCAGUCGCAUGCCUCACGGUCCGAACCAGGCUUCCUCCCAAAAAAGAAAAAUUAUCUUUGGAAAUUGGGGCACUAGGGGAUAUUAAGUACGCAUCUGCAUCACUGGGUGUUUUUCUGGUGGAAUUUGCCGUCUUUGUCCCCAUCACCUAUAUCAUAUCUUAUGCACUUGACGCUGGACAUGGGGAGCAAAUAUCCUACGCAAUUCUUGUGUUUUUGAAUCUCGGUGCCAUAUUCGGACGUUACCUUCCAGGGAUAGGUGCUGACCGAAUUGGCCGAUUCAACGUUAUGUCGGCGAACUGUUUGAUGUGCUCUACAUUCACCCUGAUCCUAUGGCUUACGGGUAAUCUAGUUGAUCCUCGAAAUUUGGGAACAAUCAUCAGCUAUGCGGUGAUAUUCGGAUUCUUUUGUGGAACAGCAAUUAGUAUCGCGCCGGUGUGCAUUUCUCAGGUCUGCGAAAUAGAAGACUAUGGAAAAAGAGUUGGAACAACAUGGACCUUGGUGAGCAUAGGCACUCUCAUUGCUAUCCCAAUUGCAGGUGCUAUUCAGCAACUCAAUAACGGUGCAUACUAUGGAUUAAUUAUUUUCGGAGGGACCCUUUAUCUGUCGUUGACUCUAGCUUUUGCUAUUUCUAGAGGAAUUUCUGGGGGAUGGGCAUUACGAACAAAAUUUUGA